AUGAAAAAGUUUAUGGAAACGGCAUAUUACGAUAGCAGUACUUCGUACUACUACUUCGGCACUCCUGCCCAGAUGAUGACGUUUUCCGAUGCAGAAAGCGAGUGCAUGAAGCUUGGUGGCCAUUUGCCGUCUAUUUCGAACGCCUACGAAAACGCAGCUGUGCAGAGUGCCGCUUCUAAGAUUCUCAAAGGACCUGGAACAGGUGGAAAGGUGAUGUUGGGCUAUUCCAAUCUAAUGAUGUCUGGAUUCACGUGGAGUGACGGCAAUCCUUCCACGUACCACAACUGGGCACCUGGCGAACCGGUGGUUGUCGUUCCUGGUGUAGCAUGGAUGGACAUUCUCAUGGGACAAUGGAAUACGGCCGCACCAACUGCAGCGUCCAACUUCCUCUGUGCUCUACCGGCAAAUCGCGUGCCUUGCUCCUAG